AUGUCGAAAACCCCACAAACUGAGUUGGGCCAGCGAAAGUCCAGUGACUUCUCGGAUAUAAUCCAUGGAGAAGAAAUGGAGUUUCGAAUCUCGAAAGAAAAUGCAUUUCCGGUCAAGCAUAAGAUUGGCUUUUUUGGUCAGUUGACGCCUCCAGCUUUCAUAACCAAAAUGUCCGAAAAUCAACUUGUUUCAUUAGCCGGUGCUGCCUCAGGCUUCCUUUCUGGUGUGGUAGUGUGCCCUCUUGAUGUUGUCAAAACAAGAUUGCAAGCGCAAGGUUUUGGAUCGCAUUAUCGGGGAUUUUUGGGAACAUUCGCCACUAUCUUUCGGGAAGAAGGAAUUCGUGGCCUUUAUAAAGGUGUUGUGCCUGUCACUAUUGGGUAUUUGCCCACCUGGGCAAUUUAUUUUACAGUUUAUGAGCGAGCAAAAGCAUUUUAUCCUGGUUACUUUUCUCGCACAUUUGGAAUCAACAUUGAUUCUUUAAACCACUUUGCCGCAUCCAUCACAGCAGGAAUAUCCUCCUCGUGUCUUGUGAACCCUAUUUGGGUUGUGAAGACAAGACUCAUGGUACAAACUGGAAAAGAAGACGUUGUGUACAAGGGAACCAUUGACGCGUUUCGUAAAAUGUACAGAAAUGAAGGUAUACGAGUUUUCUAUAGUGGUCUAAUCCCCUCUUUGUUGGGAUUAGUUCAUGUUGGAAUCCACUUCCCAGUUUAUGAAGCGUUGAAGAAACUACUCCAUGUUGACAACAAUCGUCACACAGAUGAUUAUAGACUAGGACGACUCUUGGUCGCAUCUUCUGUAUCUAAGAUGAUAGCCAGCACCAUCACAUAUCCUCAUGAGAUCCUACGAACGAGAAUGCAAAUGCAGUCGAAUAGUAAGGGCGAGAAGAGGGGUAAAAUGCUACAAGAAUGUGUAAGGAUCUACAAGAAAGAUUCUUUCAAAGGUUUUUAUGCUGGCUAUAUAACUAACCUAGCACGCACUGUUCCAGCAAGCGCCGUUACUCUUGUGAGUUUCGAGUACUUCAAAACAUAUUUAUUAGAGAUUAGUGGGAAAGCGGGUCUGGCAUUGUCUUGA